AUGUUGGGACAACGGCCGCGGUUUAUAAAGCCAGGUGAAGAAUCUCUGUACCCUACAAGAAACAAGGAUGGUGCUAUAGAAACAUUAGUUAAUCCAAAUGUAGACUCCGCAUUAUCUGUAGAUAGUGACUCAACAACUUCAUUCGUCUACAAUCGUUACCACCACUUACCGUUAGACACACAACGACAGAAGCUACCGGUGUUUCAGUACCGCAACCAUAUAUUGUAUUUGUUGGAAAAGUAUCAAACUUUGGUGUUGAUUGGUGAAACUGGAUGCGGGAAGUCAACGCAAGUUCCUCAGUACCUCCACGAGAUCGGUCACAAAGUAUGUGUGACGCAACCUCGAGUAGCUGCAGCUGUAUCGUUAGCUGUUCGAGUGGCGGAGGAGCGAGGAGUUAUACUGGGGGAACAGGUCGGGUACGCUGCAGCAAACACCAGCCUCCGAACGAUUAACACUGAUAUUGUUUUUAUGACCGAAGGUGUACUUCUAAGAGAAAUGUUUGCAUCACCGCUGCUUAUGCAAUAUUCCUGCAUAGUUCUUGAUGAGGUUCACGAACGAACACAGAUGACUGAUGUACUGAUGGGUCUACUGAAGAAAAUAAUUAAGAAACGCAAAAACCUAAAACUAAUAGUGUCAUCAGCGACUAUGGAUGCGGAGUUCCUUCGAGAUUUCUUCAAUACAAGAGAUAAGACACAAAAAGACAAACCUAGUACAUCUACCAUCAUGUCUAUGCAGGGAUGCACACAUCCUAUAGAGGUGUUCUAUACUGAAGAACCAGUACCUGACUAUGUGAAGGCUACAGUGGACACAGUUAUCCGGAUACACGAGAACCAACCGUUUGGUGAUAUAUUAGCUUUUUUGACGUCACAGGAAGAAAUCCUAACAGCCCUUGAAACCCUCCGUACAUACGCCGACCACAAUAACGACACAAACAAGCAUCGAAGUCACUUCCCCAGCGGUAUAAAGGCAGCCAACAUGCUCGUAGUUCCUAUGUAUGGUAGUCUACCUCACUAUAAACAAGUGAAAGUGUUCCAGAGGACCGACAGUAAUGUUAGGAAGGUUGUCAUAGCAACCAAUGUCGCUGAGACCAGUGUUACCAUACCUGGCGUUGUUUAUGUAAUAGACAGCGGUUUCCACAAGCUCCCGUACUUCGACCCGGCCGUGGGGGUGGAGAGUCUGACCGUCACGAGCGUGUCGAGACACAAUGCCAUCCAGAGGGCGGGCAGGGCCGGACGGACUGCCAGAGGGUACUGCUAUAGGCUAUAUUCAGAAGCCGAGUACGAGAAACUACCUCCAUCAGUGCCUCCUGAAAUGUGUCGGAGUGAUCUUGCAGGAGUGCUGUUACAACUGAAGGCUUUGGGCAUAGAUAAUUUGUUGAGGUUUACGUUCCCGACGCCUCCCCCGGCGCGGAGUGUACUAUGUGCCCUGGAGUCCCUGUACGCGCUGCAGAGUAUCGACAAGUCUGGCAGGCUGACGGCGGCGGGGGAGAUGGUCGCUGAGCUGCCGUUGAAGCCCAUGUGUGCUGCUAUGCUGUGUCGAAGUGGAGAAUGGGGUUGUGUAGACGAAGCAUUAUCCAUAGCGGCCAUGUUGCAAGUGGACAACGUGUUUCUGAAGCCCAGCGGGGGUAAGCAGAGCAUAGAGGCCAAACUCAGCCGUAGGAACAACUUUGAGGUAGCUGAAGGCGACAUAAUAAUGUACCUGAACAUUAUGGACGCCUACCUGAAGCUGAAGACUUCGGGCGACGACAAGAAGAACGCGAGGGUUUGCAAACAGUGGUGUGACAAGUACUACAUCAAUUAUAAAGUCAUGGAGAAGGCUUGUGAUGUUAGACAUAAUUUGGAGAAAUUAAUUAGAGGAAAGUUUAAAAUUGAAGAAAAACAGUUUGAAGGAAUCGACUUUGGAUCAGGUAAAACCGAGCGCGUCCUGAAGUGUAUAGUGAGCGGGUACUUCCCCCAGGCCGCGUGGCUGGCGCCGGACUGUACGUACCGCGGCGUGCGCGGCGCCAGCCUCGCGCUCAGUCCGGACUCUUGUCUGUUCAGGGUACAGCAACCUAAGUGGGUGAUAUUCGCGAGUGUAUCAAGUUCGUCGGGCGUGACAUACAUGCGCGACGUGACGAGCGUGCACCAAGCGUGGCUCCUGGAUCUAGCGCCGCACUACUACAGACAGACUUGA